CUAUAGACAGCCUUUCCUUUCAGUGCUGUGGGUAAUUUCACAGACAGGAGUAGUGUACAGGAGUUUCUCACCAGCGCUACUUGUGGACAACCGACCCUACACACCCACAUCUAUCAAGACGGCACAUUCACAUUUCAUAGUUCUACUGAAAAUUAGAUAGAGGGAGUCUCAUACUAUAGCUCGUCAUUCACAGACAAUUUACAAAAAAAAAAUAAAAAUACAAAAUAAUAAUAAAACAUGGAGUCUACUCCAGAUCCAACAAGCGAUCCAGGCAACAACGCCUCAGAGCCGGCUACCCCGCUCAGGGACACCCCGGUAAACCUGGAGACUCUCCGAAAAGCUGAACAUCCAGUCCCCGUUCGAAGGCAGAGCUGCUCGAGUACCAACAGAGGUAUUACGGGAACAAAGAAGACACACACUUCUCAAAUCGAAAUUAUUCCGUGCAAGAUCUGUGGAGAUAAAUCAUCAGGAAUUCAUUAUGGGGUUAUAACUUGUGAAGGCUGCAAGGGCUUCUUCAGGCGAAGUCAGCAGAGCAACGCCACAUACUCCUGUCCUCGUCAGAAGAACUGUCUGAUCGACCGAACCAGCCGCAACCGUUGCCAGCACUGCCGGCUGCAGAAGUGUCUCACUGUCGGAAUGUCACGAGAUGCCGUCAAGUUUGGCAGAAUGUCUAAGAAACAACGAGACAGCUUGUAUGCGGAAGUGCAGAAACACCGAAUGCAACAACAGCAGCGGGAUCACCAACAGCAGCCCGGAGAGGCUGAGCCACUCACACCUACCUACAACCUCUCCACCAAUGGGCUGACAGAGCUGCACGAUGACCUCAGCAGCUACAUCGACGGCCACACCCCCGAUGGCAGCAAAGCGGACUCUGCAGUCAGCAGCUUCUACCUGGAUAUCCAGCCUUCACCUGACCAGUCUGGGCUGGAUAUCAACGGGAUCAAACCAGAACCCAUCUGUGACUUCACCGCUGGUUCUGGUUUCUUUCCGUACUGCUCGUUCACAAAUGGGGACAUCUCUCCCACAGUGUCAAUGGCAGAGCUAGAACAUUUGGCACAGAAUAUCUCCAAGUCACACAUGGAAACAUGUCAGUACUUGAGAGAGGAACUACAGCAAAUGACCUGGCAGACAUUCCUGCAGGAAGAAAUGGAGAACUACCAGAACAAGCCCCGGGAGGUCAUGUGGCAGCUGUGUGCAAUCAAAAUCACAGAAGCUAUCCAGUAUGUGGUGGAGUUUGCCAAACGCAUUGAUGGCUUCAUGGAGCUGUGUCAGAAUGAUCAAAUAGUGCUUCUUAAAGCGGGUUCGUUGGAGGUUGUGCUGGUCAGAAUGUGCCGUGCCUUUGACUCUCAGAACAACACAGUGUAUUUUGAUGGAAAGUAUGCUGGUCCAUUAGUUUUCAAAGCAUUAGGCUGUGAUGACUUGAUCAGCUCCGUCUUUGAGUUUGGAAAAAACUUGUGUUCUUUGCACCUGUCUGAAGACGAGAUUGCAUUAUUCUCUGCGUUUGUGUUGAUGUCUGCAGAUCGAUCCUGGCUUCAAGAAAAGGUAAAGGUGGAGAAGCUUCAGCAGAAAAUCCAGCUGGCUCUUCAGCACGUCCUGCAGAAGAACCACAGAGAGGAUGGCAUACUGACAAAGUUGAUAUGCAAAGUGUCAACACUGCGAGCACUGUGCAGCAGACAUACAGAGAAGCUGACUGCAUUCAAAGCAAUAUACCCGGACAUUGUGCGUGCCCACUUCCCUCCGUUAUACAAGGAGCUCUUCAGUUCAGAGUUCGAGCAGCCAAUGCCCAUUGAUGGGUAACAGCCUCUCUCUCAAGCGAACAUUGUCUGGAAUGUUUGAAGUACCAGAGCUGAAUGAAUCUGAGACACUUUACGGAGCCCUUCACAAACCAGGAGAGCCGACACGCUGCACAUUUGGGGAUUAUUAUUUUAUUUUGUUUCCGUUUUACGGGUGGGUGGGACAAGGUACUCAAGGGGAAGGGAGAGGAAAUGCUUAUAAUUCUACAUUAUUUAACGUUGAACUUGUCUUUAUCAUGCAUAUGGUUUUCCGUUUCGAGAUCUGGACCUUUUUCUAGCCCGACUUUUAACAUUUAACCCCCACUCCCUGAGGUGAGUUGCCUGAAGAAUAUCUAAUUGACAAGCCUCAUUUUAUAAUAAAAUAAUAACAAGCAUUUCGGGUUAUGCAUAGAGCUUUACAAUAGAGACUUGUGUUCCUUUUUUUAACUACAGGUCAUGUUUGCAGCGAUAGUAGCAAACCUCUGUGGAAUAUGCAGGAUAUUCUAUGGGUUUUUUGUACAGUUAAACAGCAUUAUGUAGAAACAGUGCUCUUAUCUAUAAUGACUUCAAUUCACGUUCCAUUGCCUUAGUUCUGCUCAAGCUUAACCUCAGGGUCAUAGUUUGUUUUGACCAAGAAAGUUCAUAACAACCAUCCACAGAGUUGCUCCGGUUUUUGACUUGGGGUUGGGCGACCAAGCCAACGAUUUCCUUAGUAAAAUCAAUUCAUAUUCUUCAGUUCACUUCUAUUUUCAAUGAUAAUAAUGUUGUAUUAAAAUUAGUGUCAAUAGUUUUGAGGUUUUAUUUUAUUUUCUUCUUUGAGAUUCUUAAAUGACAGCGCCAUCUAAUGGACAGAAGCCUGCACAGUAUUUCAUGAUUGCAGAUCUGUCAGGAGCUCAGUGACUAUUGCAAGGAUCUUCUGCUUCUGCCCAGCCACAAAAUAACACGGAGCAAUCAAGAUAUGGAAACUAUAUGCAUCUCUAGGUCAAGUUCAAAACUCCUAUAUGAAGUGCGCAGAUGGGCAAAUGCAGCGAGAGAGCACAGUGGUGACAAAUCAACAUGUUAGCAAUCCUGAUAUGAACUGCACCUUUUCUACAGACAAUCCAAUAAGAGCAAUGCAGAAUUCUGGUAAUUCUAGUUAAAAACACAAAGACUGUCAAAGGACUCCAUUCUCCGUGGUUGCUAAGUGGAAUCAUGCAAGGCCACCUGCCAUCAGUUCUUCACGUGGGUGAACAGUGGGUACCAACAGAAAAAGGGUCCACAAAACCAGUUUUAUAUUGUACUACAGGGUAUAUGGUCAUAAGUACUAUACAGGAAAAAACAAAUAAUAAUGUUUAUAGAUUAUAUUUUAAAUAACAUGUAUAUUAUUGAUAGUUAGCAUAUUCUUUAUUGUUGAAUGGAUAAGGCACUUUUUUUGUUUUUGUUUGCACCUUUCUUUAAUUUAAGACUCGUGUAUUACCUUUUGAUGUGUUGCAUGUGCACAAGAAAUACAAAUUUUAAGUGCAUCAUUGUGGAAGGAGACUGGAAAGAUGUAGAUGCUGCUGAUUACUUGGCUUGUACUGUUGUGGUCAUUAGGAGAGGGUUGCUCAUUGUAGAAAGAUUGAGAUGUAGUAAACUUAAGCUUCAGUACAUGUCCUUCACAAGCAACUGUCAACUCAUUUUGGAGACUAUAACAAAGAAACAUGUUUACAGCUGCAGAACUGCCACAAAGGCAUAUUUGUAGGCUUCUAUGCACAGCACCCAAAUAUUGUAGUUGCUUUUUUUGGUGACAUGAAGGGCUAGAUUGUCUUAUCUUUUGCUCCAGUCUAAAAAUGUGCACCAUUUUUUUAUUUUUAUUUUUUUUAAGGAGCGACAGAGCUACAAAAGUAGGAAGGAACUUUCUGUGAACGUAACUUUUUUUUUUUUUUUUUUUUGGUCAUUCUUUCUAGAAAGUGCAAGAAUUUCUCUGGAGCAAAGGGAAUCUGUCCCCAAAGAGUCUUAUAGAGGAAACAGUUCAUUCAUUUUUAAGCCCUACUUUACCAGUUUGGUUUGUUUGCCCCCAUCAGCGACAGAACUGGACCCCAUUUCUCCAGCACUGAUACAACAUACUGGUCAGAUAUGCCUUUUAUCAGGAAAUAUUCUGAGAAUAUCAUGCUGGAGUUUGGAAAGUGACCCAUGUUUUGUUUGUGUGUCUUCAUUUCCAUUUUCACUUGACCAGAUGAAUUGUUUGGUCUUGAUUGUAUUCUGUGCAGCUCCACUGUAAACCUAAAACAGGUUUAAGUUUCAACCAACCCCCUCCAUUAGAUACUGCUUUAAACAGAAGCUUGGGCUUUGUAGGAUUGUUGGAAGCUAGCUAAUGUAUACAUUGUGAAAGACCGUUAUUACGAGUUUCAAUCUGGUGGCAUUUAAAACCAUUUCCGUUUUAGGAAGAUUUUUUUUUCUUAUAGAAUGUAGGGUGACAGGAAAGUCUUAACAGAUCUAAGUAGGUUGAUAUUAACCAUUUAAGUCCUGGUGGGACCUCAAGGACCGCCUUAGCGCCUUAUGUUAACAUGUGCUGUCGGAAAUCAUGUUGGAAUCGCACAGGUUCCUUUUUGAAUGAUGUAACUUCAUUUCAACAAAAAUAAUUCAGGACUGAAAGAGUAAAUCUGCAAUUCUCUUUUAUUUCAGUAGGUGGAGCUGUUUUUUUCAUAUAUUUUAUGGUACAGUGUAUGUUUCGUCCAAUUGUGCCACCUAAUGGCUCAAAACAAGACAGCAGGUUAACAAGCAAUAGGAAAAUACACCAAGAUGAGUUAAUAAUAUUACUUGCACAAGCCUGGAACUGGAAAAUGCUGCUGUGAACAGCAGCAGUGCUUCUUUCAAACUAACAUUUGGAGGUUUUUCACAUCAAGCUUGGUUCACAGUUUCACUUCACAUCUUGUGUGUGUUUGUGUGUGUGUGUGUGGCUACUUCUCAAUACAUGUUGUUAUGUCCACAAGGAAAUGACAGUAACAGUUGAAGUUCGGUGAAAGAUAUAUUAUAUUGAAAGCCUUGUCUGGUAGAAAAGUUUCUAUUUUUUUAACCUUAAACAGACGACAGGUGAUAUUUAAUAUUCCUUCAAUAAUAAUAAUAAUAAUAAUAAUAAUAAUAAUAAUAAUAAUCAUUUUAAAUAAGAUUUUGUAAUGCAAGACAAUGAUAGUCCUGUUUUCUAAAGGCAUUGCUUUUUUAUUUUUUUUUUUCCUGCUGGUUAAACUUUUUUUUGUUUUGUUUUAACUGAAUGUGCCAUGGUAAAAUGCAUGUGGUGUUUGUGUCAAUGAGAUAUUGUGCGUACAACAUUCCAAGAAACAAGGAGUGGAAAUCAUAGUCGGGGUGUCAGAGUAGGAAGCUUGUAUGGCUGUUGCUUUUUUGCACAUGUUCUUCAUUCCUCUGUAGUGCAAUCUGUACACAUCGCAUUCGCGGAUGUACUGUAAUCCCUCAGGGAAGUUUUAGUGAUUUUUUUUUUUUAAUCAUUCAGUAUUUGUUUUGUGUAUGGCAGCCAGUUACUGAUCUUAUACUCAACUUCAACUUUGGAACGAUGCUGAAAAGCCACCAGAACACCAGGCAUAGAUUGGACAUAGCUGGGCCUAGGCCACAAAUGUAAAUUAACUAGUUGUGUCUUCUUUGGGACUAAAGUAAAUCCAUUACUUGUAAUAAAUAACAGUUCCUUUUAAUAUACAAAACCAGUACAUACAGAUUACAUAAUAUUCAUAUAUUGUAUCUGGGCUGUUAUCCAGUAGUUCCCAUUUUCAUAUUAAUAGUUCAAGUAAAGUCUGUAUCUUGCUUCAAAUGUCAAGGCAGUGUGUGUGUGUGUGUGU